CUUUUUCCGUCGUAUGUUCUCCGGGUGGCUAUCUAAUAUAUGCUGCGUAACGCUAGUUCCUAACGGAAUAUGUAUUUAGCGUUAUUCAGCAUAUAUUUGAUACUGCGCUUGGAGAACUGCGCCGGAAGGCUGCCAAAUAUUUUUCUCCGUAUUUAUGCAUAUAUCCUGAUCGUAUUAAGUAGACCCAGUUUUGCGAAUGGGAUAGGCCCCUACCUUUUUACGCGGUCAAUUACAUUGACUUUGCUGUAGCCGAGUAUUAAACCCACCUAAAUGUACGUGCUACAGAAAUGAAUUCAGAUCGCAGUUGGAUGUAUAGUGGGAGACUGGUCAGAGGAUUGUUGACUGAAGGGUACAUUAGUAACGUUAGGGAGUUACUAAUGUAAACGGGUUUAAAUUUCAAACAAAGGCUUAUGGGGAGAAUCAAUUAACCAUGAAUAGUGGAGUUUGCGUCAAAGGAUCACUCUACGCUCCAACGGAAAGUGAUUUUUACGGCAUAUUAACAGAUGUUCUUGAGUUGGAGUACCCGGCUCUGCCAAUUAAGAGGACUGUCUUGUUCAAGUGUAAUUGGUUCGAUCCGACUGAUAGAGGUAUGUCAGUGCAUCCUCGAUAUAAUAUUGUGGACGUCAAUCAUAAACGGAAGUACGGAAAAUACGAACCAUUUAUUUUGGCCGGGCAGUCCGGUCAAGUACAUUACUGCACAUAUCCAAGUAAAAAGAAAGAUAAGGUCAACUGGUGGACAGUAUGUAAGAUGAGGGCCAGAUCAGAGAUAGACAUGCCCGAUUCCAUUACUCCAGCGUUUCAAGAGGACAUUAUAGAACAACCUCUAAACGUUGUAACAGAUGAGGGUUUAAGAAUUUUGGUUGAUCCGAUCGGGGAAGUUGAAACAGAUGUGUUUUUCGCUCCUCCAGAGGUGGAGGACGAAGAAGAAGUGCCGUCAAUAUCAGACGAAGAAGAUAUACUUGAAGACGAUGACGAUGACGAUUAGUAGAUAUGCGAGGGAGGAGUGCUAGUGGGACAGGCCGGACUCGGCCCCCCACACUAGCGGUUGUUGAGGAGGAGGACGACCAGACAUCACCUCCAGAGGUGGCUGAGGCGCAAGAGGGUGUGCAGCCAGCUCCAGCACCUCGUAGACCUCGAGCUCGGCGCCAGCCUGUUGAGGGGGAAGUAUUGGAUGCCACUGGCAGAAUCCGAGUCAUCCCCAACGCACAGAGGACCAGGUUGCUCGAUACCAGCACGGUAUCUAGAGAGUUGCGGGAAAUCUUCCAGAGUCGGUGGUGGGCAGUAGGCACCGCUUGGAGGUUUUUGCCUGAGGACGCUGUUUCUUUUUAUUUCGAGGAGUUUAAG